AUGGCUGUUGUUGGUCUUGAUAUGGGUAAUUUUUCAUCAUGCAUCGCUGUCGCUCGCGCUGGUGGUGUUGAAAUAAUAGCAAAUGAAUAUUCGGAUCGUCUUACACCAACCUAUGUGACAUUUCAUAAAUCGACUCGCUCGAUUGGUCAAUCAUCAAAAGAAAUGGAAAUUACACAUGCAAACAAUACAAUUUACAAUUUUAAACGAUUAUUCUGUCGACGAUGUCAAGAUUCAUAUGUGCAACAAGAAAGACAAUUUAAUCCAUAUUCAAUUGUUGAAGGAACUCGUGGUGCAGUGAAUAUUGAAGUUGAUUAUCUUAAUGAACGUCAACGGUUUAUACCUGAACAAAUAGCUGGAAUUAUGUUUACAAAAUUAAAACAAAUAGCUAAUACUGAAUUAAAGACGGAAACUGUCGAUUGUGUUAUUGGAGUACCUUCUUUUUUUACUGAUGCUGAAAGACGAGCAAUGCUUCAUGCUGCGCAAAUAGCUGGUUGGAAUUGUCUUCGAUUACUUAAUGAAACAACAGCUGUUGCACUUUGUUAUGGUAUCUAUAAAGGAGAUCUUCCUGAACAAAACGAAAAACCUCGUCUUAUUGCAUUUGUUGAUAUGGGUUAUACAGCAUUACAAGCAUCUGUUGUUGCAUUUAAUAAAGGUAAAUUGAAAAUGAUUGCAACAGCUUUUGAUCCGUCAUUAGGUGGUCGUGAUUUUGAUCGUUUAAUUAUGGAUACAAUGCGUGAUGAUUUUCAAAAGCGUUAUAAAAUUGAUUCAUAUUGUACAACUAAAGCUAAAUUACAAUUAAAAGCUGAAUGUGAAAAAGCAAAAAAGCUAAUGUCAAAUACUGCUCAACCAGUUUCAAUUGGACUUGAAUGUUUUAUUAAUGGAAUGAAUGUUAAUGGAAAAAUGUCACGAGCUGAAUUCGAAAAAUUAGCUAAACCAUUAUUUGAUCGUAUACGUAAUACACUUGAAAAUCUUCUUAAACAAGCUAAAGUAACACCUGAAGAACUUGAAUCUGUUGAAAUCGUUGGUGGUUCCACUCGUAUACCAGCUGUUAAACAAAUUGUUCAAGAUGUUUUUCAUAAAGCACCUAUGACAACUAUGAAUGCUGAUGAAAGUGUUGCACGUGGCUGUACUUUAAUGUGUGCUAUGUUAAGUCCAACAUUUAAAGUAAAAGAAUUUAAAAUAGAAGAUUGUCAACCAUAUCCAAUAACAUUAUUAUGGCAAGGUGAUGUUAAUGAAGAUAGUGAAAUUGAAAUAUUUAGUCGUUGGAAUGAUCUACCAUCAACAAAAAUACUUUCAUUUUAUAAACAAGAACCAUUAACAGUUGAAGCUCGUUAUUCAUAUCCAAAUGAUAUACCAUUUUCUGAAUCACGUAUUGGUCAAUAUACAAUUGAAAAAAUUCAACCACAACCAGAUGGUACACUAUCAAAAAUUAACGUUAAAAUUUGUCUUAAUCGUAAUGGAAUAUUUGAUGUUACACAAGCAUCACUUAUUAAAACUAUUGAAGAAUCAAAUGCACCAACUACUGAUCUUGAAGAAGCUAUGGAAACAACAGCAGCAACACAAGCUCCAGAAAGUGCACAAAAUGGUAUUGAUCAAAAUCCAUCAACAACACAGGAACGAAUGGACGAUACUGCCGAACCUACUGAUGGUACCACUAAUACUCCUGGUAGUGGCGAGGCUCAAUCAGAAGAAAAGAAAAAAGCUGAAGAAGGUAUUCAAACAAAACCACAAUCGACUAAUACAACAGGACCAAAAAAGAAAAAGAAAGAAAUUGAUUUACCUAUUACACCUCAAGUAUCUGGUGUAAGUAAAGAAGAACUUGAACUAUUAAUUAAACGAGAAUGUGCAAUGAUUGCAGAAGAUAAGAAAGAAAAAGAACGCUUAGAUAUUAAAAAUGCAGUUGAAGGAUAUGUUAAUGAUAUGCGUGAAAAACUCCAUGGUGGUCACUUAGAAAAAUAUGUCAAUGAUAAUAUUCGAAAAAGUUUAUUAAAUGAUCUUGAAAAUAAAAUAAAAUGGUUAUAUGAUGAAGGAAUGAAUCAAGAAAAAAGUGUUUAUGCUGCACUCUUAAAAAGUUUAGAAGAUGCUACAGAAUCGAUUCGUAAUCGUUAUAAUGAAGCUGAAAAUCGUAAAAAACAUAUGAAAGAUUUAAUGAAAUCAAUACAACAAAUUCACGAAGCUAUACAAACUUACUAUACGAAAUCAAGUGAUAAAUAUUUACAUAUUGAUCAAAGUGAUAUUGAAAAAGUCAAUAAAAUUUUAACUAUAAAACAAACUUGGUAUAGUCAAGCAGAUAAUUAUUUUACUACACUUGAAAAACAUGACGAUCCAACUAUACUUUGCUCACAAAUCAGACAACAACGAGAUACACUUGAAAAAGAAUGUUGGGCCAUUUUAAAUAAACCAAAACCAAAAGUUGAAUCACAUAAGGAAGAUUCUUCAACACAGUAA